AAGAGUGGAGAAGAAAAGAAAAAUAUAAUCGGACGGUGGAGAAAGAGUGAUGUAGAAAAAACCACAAUCAUAUUUGUGGCUAUCGUUUCUCCAUCCAAAAACAAACCUCGUCCACACCAAAAUGUUAAAAACAUUUCUCCUCUUCUCCACCAUUAGCAGUCGAUAGAGAAGCUGAUUCCUCCUAUGGCUGCUACUUCACUUUCCGCGAAUCUAGGAACUUCCUUCUACGGAGGUUGGGGAAGUUCAAUCUCCGGGGAGGACUACCACACCAUGCUCGCCAAAACAACUGCGCCACGGCAACACUUUGCUAAGCUGUCACGGAAGCCAAUCAGAGUACAACCAAUGAUGAAGAAUGUCAACGAAGGCAAAGGCUUAUUCGCUCCUCUAGUCGUUGUCACUAGGGACAUAGUAGGCAAGAAGAGGUUUAAUCAGCUUAGAGGCAAAGCCAUUGCUUUACACUCUCAGGUGAUUACAGAGUUCUGCAAAUCGAUAGGAGCUGAUGCAAAACAGAGACAGGGACUGAUUAGGCUUGCUAAGAAGAAUGGAGAGAAGCUUGGCUUCCUUGCUUGACAUCCCUUCCUCUCUGUAUACAGAUCCUCUUCUUCUUCUUCUUGUUUACUCUUAAAAAAUAGAAACCGCAUUUUCUCAUUACGAAUGUUGUGUGCAUCAUCACUCUUGAGAUAACACUACUACUCUUUUGAAACAAGAUGAAUCUUUUAUAUA